AUGUCUCUCCGGCUUUCCAGCGGAUCCAGAAGGCCCUGUCCCCGACCCACCACAGGAUCGCUCAGGCUCUCCAGUGGGGGAGCCAGCUUUGGGGCUGGAAAUGCUUGCGGCAUACCUGGACUUGGAAGUGGCUUCUCUUGCGCCUUUGGUGGCAGCUCAUCGGGAGGAAAUGUGGGAGGAAGCAAUUCCUGCGCCAGCUUUACUCUGAACGAAGGGGGCCUCCUUUCUGGUAAUGAGAAGGUGACCAUGCAGAACCUCAAUGACCGCCUGGCGUCCUACCUGGACAAUGUGCGUGCUCUGGAGGAGGCAAAUGCAGACCUAGAGCAGAAGAUCAAGGGGUGGUAUGAGAAAUAUGGCCCUGGUUCCUGCCGUGGUCUUGAUCACGACUAUAGUAGGUAUUUCCCAAUAAUCGAAGAUCUUAAAAAUCAGAUCAUCACCUCCACCACCAGCAAUGCUAGUGCUGUUGUACAGAUCGACAAUGCCAGGCUGACAGCUGAUGAUUUCAGACUCAAGUAUGAAAACGAGCUGGCUCUUCACCAGAGUGUAGAGGCUGAUGUCAACGGGUUGCGCAGAGUUCUGGAUGAAAUAACCCUGUGCAGAACAGACCUGGAGAUUCAGUAUGAAACCCUGAGUGAGGAGAUGACUUACCUCAAAAAGAACCAUAAAGAGGAAAUGAAAGUUCUGCGGUGCGCCGCUGGAGGCAACGUGAACGUGGAGAUGAACGCGGCCCCGGGGGUGGACCUCACCGUCCUGCUGAACAAUAUGCGCGCUGAGUACGAAGACCUUGCAGAGCAGAACCGCAGGGAUGCCGAAGCCUGGUUCAAUGAAAAGAGUGCUUCGCUGCAACAGCAAAUCUCUGAGGAUGUUGGGGCCACAACCUCAGCCAGGAGUGAGCUGACAGAAAUGAAGCGCACUCUUCAAACGUUGGAAAUUGAACUGCAGUCUCUCUUAGCCACGAAGCACUCCCUGGAGUGUUCCUUGACAGAGACAGAAGGCAACUACUGUGCGCAGCUCGCACAGAUCCAGGCUCAGAUCGGGGCCCUGGAAGAGCAGCUGCAUCAGGUCAGAACCGAGACGGAGGGUCAGAAACUCGAAUAUGAGCAGCUCCUCGACAUCAAGGUCCAUCUGGAGAAGGAGAUCGAGACCUACUGUCUCCUAAUAGAUGGAGAUGAUGGGGCUUGCAAGUCUGGAGCUUUCAAGUCUAAAGAUUAUGGUUCUGGAAAUGUGGGAAAUCAAGGGAAAGAUCCAACCAAAGCCUUAGCGGUUAAGAAAGUUCUUGAGGAGGUCGACCAACGCAGCAAGAUACUUACCACCAGGCUCCACUCCCUGGAAGAGAAAUCUCAGAACAAUUAAUUUGAGACACAACAGAGGACAUACUCCAAAUGCCCUCAGA